UCUUCCUCUUUGAUCAACUAACUGAUAAUAAACCCCAAAAAGAAAAGGAAAAACACUUCCCUUCCUUCAAUGGCUGCUUCUUCAAUGGCUCUAUCUUCUCCGUCUUUCGCCGGACAGGCUGUCAAGCUCUCUCCCGAAGUCACCGGCACCGGCACCGGCAGGAUCUCCAUGAGGAAGACCUCCGCCAAGCCCAAGCCCGCUUCUUCCGGCAGCCCAUGGUACGGCCCUGACCGUGUCAAGUACUUGGGCCCAUUCUCCGGCGAGGCACCUAGCUACCUCACCGGCGAGUUCCCCGGUGACUACGGCUGGGACACCGCCGGACUUUCCGCUGACCCCGAGACAUUCGCCAAGAACCGUGAACUUGAAGUGAUCCACUCAAGGUGGGCCAUGCUUGGUGCUCUUGGAUGCGUCUUCCCCGAGCUAUUGGCCCGCAACGGUGUUAAAUUCGGUGAGGCGGUUUGGUUCAAGGCCGGAUCACAAAUCUUCAGUGAGGGUGGACUCGACUACUUGGGCAACCCAAGCUUGGUCCAUGCUCAGAGCAUAUUGGCCAUAUGGGGUGUCCAGGUUGUAUUGAUGGGAGCUAUUGAGGGCUACAGAAUUGCCGGUGGGCCCCUCGGAGAAGUUGUCGACCCACUUUACCCGGGUGGUAGCUUCGACCCGUUGGGUCUUGCUGAGGAUCCGGAAGCUUUUGCCGAGCUAAAGGUUAAGGAGCUGAAGAACGGGAGACUCGCAAUGUUUUCCAUGUUUGGAUUCUUUGUUCAGGCUAUUGUCACCGGAAAGGGACCGUUGGAGAACCUUGCUGACCACCUUGCCGACCCAGUUAACAACAACGCAUGGGCCUUCGCCACAAACUUCGUACCCGGAAAGUGAGCUUAGGAGCACAAAUUGUUGUUAGUAACGUUGUAUUGGUGUAAAUGAGUGAUUAGUUUUCAGCAUUAAGAAUACGCAUUGUGCCAUUUUUUUUCCUUUGGUUUGAUUAUAUUGAUCGAGUAUGAUAAAUUGUAUAAUCUCAAUGUAUCGAACGUUUGCUUCAUUUAGCGGUCUAUAUAUGGACAAAAAGCAUUUAAUUCCUU